UGGCGAUUGAGUAAGUGCUGAGGCCCAGGCGCAGGCGAUACGGACGACGUCCGAGGUAGGCGCAGGCGUAGUUGAGAGUACUCGAGUUUGCGCAGACUCAGAAAACUCAGUCGGACCUGAGGUACCCGGAAUGGCGGGCACAGGAUUGGUCGCCGGAGAGGCUGUGGUGGAUGCGCUGCCCUAUUUUGAUCAAGGUUACGAAGCGCCUGGUGUGCGGGAAGCGGCUGCGGCUCUGGUGGAGGAGGAAACUCGGAGAUACCGACCUACAAAGAACUACCUGAGCUACCUGACAGCCCCGGAUUAUUCUGCUUUUGAAACUGACAUAAUGAGAAAUGAAUUUGAAAGAUUGGCUGCUCGACAACCAAUUGAAUUACUCAGUAUGAAACGAUAUGAGCUUCCAGCUCCUUCCUCAGGUCAGAAAAAUGAUAUAACUGCAUGGCAAGAAUGUGUAAACAAUUCUAUGGCCCAGUUAGAACAUCAAGCAGUUCGAAUUGAGAACCUGGAACUAAUGUCACAGCAUGGAUGCAAUGCCUGGAAAGUCUAUAAUGAAAAUCUAGUUCAUAUGAUUGAACAUGCGCAGAAAGAGCUCCAGAAAUUAAGGAAACAUAUUCAAGAUUUAAACUGGCAGCGAAAGAACAUGCAACUAACAGCUGGGUCUAAAUUGAGAGAAAUGGAGUCAAAUUGGGUAUCUCUGGUUAGUAAGAAUUAUGAGAUUGAACGGACUAUUGUACAACUAGAAAAUGAAAUCUAUCAGAUUAAGCAGCAACAUGGAGAGGCAAACAAAGAAAAUAUUCGACAAGACUUCUGAAAAGAAAAAUGAAUUUGUUGGGUAAAAAGAAGGGAGAAUUGAGCUUUCUCAGAAGAUCAGACACCUGAACUACCUCUGCCCCGCGAAGGGCAGCAGCAUCUUCCGGGAACCAUUGGUGGUUAAAUGUGUAGAAACCAUAGAAUGUGUGAACUGUUGUCUUAUUUCUCUAUUCGUAUGUUUUAGCAAAAUAAAAAUUUUCAACGUG